GGCCUCAUCCCAUCCUCCCCUACAAACCCCACUGUUUGCGUGACAGCCGACGUGCUCGAGGUUUAUCGCCUAGCCCACCUCCGUUGCCCGCACUUGUCCGUUCAAGCCUUUGUCAAGACAGUUUGCGACCUCCAUCAGCGGGCUUAUGCCUCUUACCUCACCCGCCAGUUCACCAUUGCCUUCGACGUAUAUCAGCAAAUCCUCGCGGAGGUCAAAGUCCGAGUACAGGCCGCGUUGCAACGUGAUUCCCCAGACUGGAGGCUUAAACAUGCGUGUCCGGCGUGUACAUACAAGCUCGAAGACGAAGACGAACUUCAGUUUUCAAUGCUCUACACCAUGGACGGAAACGACUCACUGAAACGCUACCAUAGACGUGCAUCGCAGGACGACGACGAGCUUGAAGAUAUCGGCCCCAACACCGUACAACCCUCAUCAGAGCUACCGACUGCAUUCCAACUUCGCAGCGACAGGUACUUGUCUCGAGAGGCGGUGGAUAAGCUUGCAAAACCUGGUACCAAGUCAUUGGCAAACGAGGAGGUGAGUAACUUCUACUCUUCAAGCACCAACAACGAUGAUAAUCCGUGCACGGAAAGGUGGAAGAACAUGAGAGAUGACAACACCAAGCGGAUGUGGGGGAUUUUCGAGGAGACUGGCCUGUUCGCAUCGCUGUGCCGACAUGGGUUUUCUCUUGUCGUUGCUGACAUGGUGCGAAGCGGAGAAUUAUCUAAGUACCCGUUGGCCGUCGUCGAGAAGCUACUCGGCGCCUUUGGUAUCAAGCUCGGCGGCGGCUACGAUAUCGGAUGCAGCUUAAAGACGACACUCGCCAACAGUCCUAUCGGCGCCCUCGCAGCUGAACUCAAGCAUACGAGCCUUGUGGGGGCAUUUCACGGGCACGCUCACCGCCGGUUAUGUCAGCUAUGGCACCUCGCUACGUACGUGGAAGGUCUUGGACUCGAGGACCUCGAAGGGUGCGAGCGGCUUUUCUCGAAGCUCAACGCACUUGCCGCUUGCGUGCGCUACAUGAGCGCUCUCCGCCGUCAGCAAGCCAUUGCGGCCUUUCUUGAACAUAACGACAUGUUCGAGGUGUUUGCGAACAUUACACUCUUCAUACUCAAUAACUACAAGCAGGCAACUAAGAUGUUGUCCGAAGGCUCGACGGCAUUGGCCAUAGCCAUGCAAGAGCUCGGUGUCAAGGAUGAGAACGUGUUCGAGGAGUGGCUCAAAGAAGAGAGGGUAUACCUGAAGGGCCUUCAGAAGGAGCCGGAGAAUGAGACGUUGGAGAUGGAGUACUGGGAGCGGCUCGAUAAUCUAAUCAAAGAACAAGUCUCCCAGACGUCGGUCUGGAAAGUCGACACUCCUGAGACAAUGGAGCAGGGUCGCCCCGAUGAGACUUCCGCCGACGCAACUGCACGUCGUCACGCCCUCGAGAAGUACGACAAGGAGCUCGAGAUCGUCCAUGGGUUGGAGCGGCGGCUCGGUCUCGUGAAGCGAUGGACUCCUGACAUGCCGGAGUGGCAGGAGGCUGCUCGCAAGGUCGGCAAUCGUAAGUACCAGCGAGCACUUGACUCGCUCGAGGGUCUGCUCGUUGCGCGAGUGUUUGAGCUUACGAAAAUGAACAAGUCGCAAACGGGAUAUGCGCUACGCCAGCACAUUGGCAAGGCCCUCAAGGCCCGAUCCCAGGCCAUUUGUACAGCGCUCGAUCGGUUCAACAACAUUGCGCACGCGUCUGGGAAACCGAAGCUUCAGUGGGACGAGGUAGUCCAAUACACAUUCCUUUCCGACUUCGACCUCCUUCGAGAUGCACGGCAAGAUAUCCGAAAGCAGCCAUGGGCAACGCCAGCGGGCCGCAUUGCCAUGGAUCAAUACUUCAAGCUGUGCCGAGCCCGUGAGGAGAUUCGUCGCCUCAACGUCGAAGCCCGCCGUGUGGUUACUUACCUGCGCGACGAGAUGACUUACCUGCGCUCGUGUGAGGAGCUGUAUUGCCCGAUGCAGCCCUCUCUCGCCCACCAGAUCGCAAUCCACCGGCGCGAACGCGAGCGCUUCAUGACGCUCCAUGAGCGCCGACUCACGAAGCUCGCCGAGCUCCCCGGCUUCAGCGGAUGCCUGACGCCAGGCGUUAGCAAGCAGCGGGAGCCCGGAGAUAGUACCGGGCCGCUUCCGGCGGCUCCUACUGACAUGGCGGUAGACUUGGAGGCGACAGACGGCAACGAUGGAGUGGAAACCGGAGGGGAUGGCAAUGUGGACAGGGGUGGUGACGAGGGCGACGACGACGAUGGUGAGGGCGACGACGACGAGGGCGACGAUGACGACGACGAGCCCAUCGUUGCCGAGGCCCUCGUAUCCAUUCUGAAGAUCGCGGACGACCAGCAUGAGGUGGAGAGGGGGUAG